AUGACGUCAGGGCCGGUACUGCCUGAGGGGUUGGAGCGUGUAGGAGAGGUGACGGAGGAACGUGGGACAUCAAGGGACGAGGCUGCCACGGCUGGGGGGGCAGGGGAAAGCGACGUAGUGGUGACUGAGCCGGCAGCUGCUGCGUUACCCCGGGUGGUGGCUGCUGCGGUGCCUGAGGCGGCUGCUGCUGCCGUGCCUGCAGCGGAGACGGUGGCGGGUCCGUCCGUGUCACCGGCACCGGUAACGUUGGCUGUGCUGGCGGCGGUGGUGUCUGCUGCGACAGGGGAGCAGGGCAGAGUCUCGGCGGCGGAAGGCGCGCCGAGUGCCGCUGCGUGCGCCGGAACGUCUGUUGCUGCAUCGGCCGCAAACAGGACGGAGCACAGCCAGGUGGAGGGUGAGAGUCUGGGACCCGCGAAUGGUGCUGCUUUCGGUGCUGUGCAGGCAAAGUCAAAGAAGAAGCUGCAUGCCCAGCCAGCGCCGAGACGGCCCGGAGCAGGGCUGGGGCCUGGCUUCUCGGGACCCCUCCUGGGCUGGGUUCUGCAAGGGCAACCGCCACCAGUGCUAGCGCAUCCCUCGUCAUCUGCGCAACCGCAUGCGGCGGGGGGGUGGGUGGGGGGUGGGGGGGCUUCGGAUUGA